ACAGAAGGACAGAAAGCAACACAGUCAGAUUCUCUUAUUCUGCUUUCUAUUUUAAUACCUCACUUGAUGCACCGUCAGCCUGAUUGCAAGGCUUCAAACGCUUUCCCUCCAAUCGCACUCCGCCGCCUGGGUUCUCCUGGGCCCCGCACUAACAGACUUGAUUCGUUCCGCUCUUUGCUUUGCACCUGGGAAAUUUAAUUUGCCCGCAGUUCGCACAACCUCCUACCCCUCCCCCUCCAUUGCUCUGUAUCGCCGUUGAGUCAUCGGUGGUCAAGAUACUUAUACGGCGAUUUGUGGCGCGAGUGGCGCCCAGGAGUCUCUCUCCUCCAAUAUACCGACCAUUUUCCAAGAUGGCUCAAGCCUCUGCUCCCGAAAAUCCAACUGGUGAGCCAACGGCUCCCAAGGUCGAUGGUCCAUCUGGACAGGAUCCCACUGUUCCGAAGGUGAAGAGUGAGAAAGAGUUGGAGCGAGAACGUCGAAAGGCCGAAAAGUUGAAGAAGUUCCAGGAAAAGCAGGCCGCAAAGGCAGCUAAACCCGUGGCUCCUAAAGCCGAGAAGAAACCCAAGAUUGAGAAGGAGAAGACAACCGAUGCAUACGAUCCCAGAACUAUUGAAGAAGGUCGAUAUGAGUGGUGGGAGGAGCGUGACCUCUUCAAGCCUGAAUUCGGCCCUGACGGCAAGGUCAAACCCGAAGGUUACUUCGUUAUUCCCAUUCCUCCCCCCAAUGUUACUGGCUCUCUUCACAUGGGUCAUGCCCUCACCAAUGCCCUCCAGGACACCAUGAUCCGUUGGCAGCGCAUGAAGGGCAAGACUACCCUGUGGCUCCCCGGUAUGGACCAUGCUGGUAUUUCGACUCAAAGUGUGGUUGAGAAGAUGCUCUGGAAGAAGGAGAAGAAGACCCGUCACGACCUGGGUCGCGAGGCUUUCUUGGAAAGAGUCUGGGCUUGGAAACACGAAUACCAUGGAAACAUUGGCAAUGCUCUGCGUCGCGUUGGCGGAUCUUUUGAUUGGAGUAGGGAAGCCUUCACCAUGGAUGCGAAUCUCUCUGCCGCCGUCACCGAAACAUUCGUUCGCCUCCACGAGGAGGGUAUCAUCUACCGUGCCAACCGCCUGGUCAAUUGGUGUGUUGCCCUGAACACCUCUCUGUCUAACCUCGAAGUGGAGAAUAAGGAAAUUGAAGGACGCACCCUGCUCGACGUGCCGGGAUAUGACAAAAAGAUUGAGUUCGGUGUGUUAACCCACUUCUGCUACGAGAUGGAUGGUUCCACAGAGAAAAUUGAGAUUGCUACAACUCGUCCUGAAACCAUGAUCGGCGACUCCGGUAUUGCUGUCCACCCUGACGAUAAACGUUACAAGCACUUGAUUGGCAAGAACGCCCGCCACCCCUUCGUGGACCGCUUGCUUCCCAUUGUUGCUGAUCCCGAGGUUGACCCUGAGUUCGGUACUGGUGCUGUGAAAAUCACACCCGCCCAUGACUUCAACGAUUUCAACCGCGGAAAGGCCCACAAUCUGGAAUUCAUCUCUGUCUUGAACGAUGACGGUACCUUUAACAAGCGUGGAGGUCCUUUCGCUGGUAUGAAGCGUUUCGAUGCCCGAUACAAAGUCAUCGAAAUGCUCAAGGAGAAGGGUCUAUACGUCAAGUGGGAGAACAACCCCAUGAAGGUCCCUCUUUGUGCUAAAUCCAACGAUGUCAUCGAACCUAUUCUCAAGCCCCAAUGGUGGAUGAAGAUGGAGAGCCUUGCCGAGCCCGCCAUAAAGGCCGUCGAGGAUGGAGAGAUCAUUAUCAGGCCCGAGUCUGCGGAAAAGAACUACUUCCGCUGGAUGAGAGGUAUCAAUGACUGGUGUCUGUCUCGACAACUCUGGUGGGGUCAUCAAGCCCCUGCUUACCUGGUGAAGCUUGAAGGCGAGGAAGUCGAUGAUAGUGACGGUAACCUUUGGGUCACAGGCCGUACUGAGGAAGAAGCCCAGAAGAAGGCUGAGGCCAAGUUCCCUGGCAAGAAGUUUACCCUCAUGAGAGACCCUGAUGUCCUGGACACUUGGUUUUCUUCCGCUCUGUGGCCAUUCUCCACCCUUGGCUGGCCUCGCCAGACCCACGACCUGGAGAACCUCUACCCCACCUCCGUCCUUGAGACUGGUUGGGAUAUUCUUUUCUUCUGGGUUGCAAGAAUGAUCAUGUUGGGCAUGAAGAUGACCGGCAAGGUCCCAUUCAAGGAGGUUUACUGCCACUCUUUGAUCCGAGAUUCUGAGGGUCGCAAGAUGUCCAAGUCUUUGGGCAAUGUCGUUGAUCCCUUGGAUGUUAUGGAGGGUAUUCAACUUCAGGACCUCCAUGCCAAGCUCCUUACCGGAAACCUUGCGGAGAAGGAAGUCGCUACGGCUACCCGGUACCAGAAGAAGGCGUUCCCCAAGGGUAUCCCCGAGUGCGGUGCUGAUGCUCUACGCUUUUCCCUUGUUUCUUAUACUACUGGCGGUGGUGAUAUUGCAUUUGACAUCCAGGUAAUCCACGGAUACCAGGUGAACGAGGCUCUGGAACAGCGUGAUUUCUCUGUUGUUGCUACUACCAUCUACCAGUACUGGUAUAGCCAGCUGUGCGAUGUAUUCAUUGAGAACUCUAAGUCUCUCCUGGCUCCAGAGCUUCCUGAGGAGGUUCAGCAGUCUGCUAAGGAGACUCUCUACACUGCUUUGGAAGGCGCUUUGACCUUGGUCCACCCCAUUAUGCCUUUUAUCACCGAGCACUUGUGGCAGCGCCUUCCCCGUCGCCCGGACGACGACACAAUCUCCAUCAUGAAGGCUAGAUUCCCAGAGUACAAGGCUGAGUUUGAUGACGUUGCGGCUGAAACUGCUUAUGAGCUGAUCCUCAACUCCUCCAAGGCUAUUCGCUCGAUCCUGGCUCAGUACGACGUCAAGACAAAGGGUGAUAUUAUCAUCCAGACUUACGAUGCCACCAGCUUCAAGACCGUCUCUGACGAACUCCACAUCGUCAAGUCUCUCGGUGGUAAGACACUCGGUGAGCUCAGCGUGCUCGGGCCCGAGAACACUGCCCCCCCAUCUGGAUGCGUGGUGUCUGCCGUCGGCUCCGAAGCCGCGGUUUACCUCCGUGUCUCCAAGGAGGUGGCUCUUGAACAGGAAGAGAAAGCCAAGGCUAGCUUGGACAAGGCCCGCGAGACUGUACGCCGCCAGCAGACUCUUAUUGGAGGUGCUGGAUGGCAGGAGAAGGCAAAGCCUGAAGUGCGCGAGAACGAAGAGAAGAAGCUUCGGGAUGCGGAGAACCCCAUCACUGAUAUAAAAAAUCUCUGCGACAGAAAACCCAAGAACCCGCGCACAGCCCGCAUUCUCAAGGCCAAAGAGCCUCAGCUGAUUGAACAACCGAAACGCACCUUGUUGCUGCACGGUUCAAAAUGCCCGGCCCCUCUCCACACGGUCCUCAAAACCUUCCAUUCCCUCACAACACCACACUCGGUCCUUUUCCACAAGAAAAACGAGAACAUCCACCCAUUCGAGAAUGUCGAAAGCCUGGAGUUUCUGGCCAACAAAAAUGACUGCGGCAUGGUUAUUUUCGGAAGUAGCAACAAGAAGAGACCUAACUGUUUGACGAUGGCCCGGGUUUUCGACUCUAAGGUCCUGGACAUGUGUGAAUUGCUGCUCCUUCCUAACUCUGAGGGCGAUGAGGUUCCCUCUAUGGACAAGCUCGCUAUGCAUAUCGGUGUUGGACUACGGCCGCUUAUGCUCUUUUCGGGCAGUGCUUGGGAGGACUCUACUUCGACGGUGCACACGACUCUGAAGAGCAUGCUUGUGGAUUUGUUCAAGGGUGAGACCGGUGAGAAGAUCGACGUUGAAGGAUUGCAGUAUGCGUUGAUGGUUGCCGCCGAGGAACCAGCUGCGGGACUGGCCCCCGUUGUUCAUCUACGGUGGUACAAGCUGGUUACCAAGCGGAGUGGGCACAAACUGCCCCGGGUUGAGUUGGAGGAGAUUGGGCCCAAGUUUGAUUUCAAGGUUGGACGUAUUCAGGAAGCGCCCCGGGAUGCAAUGAAGGAGGCUAUGAAGCAGGGCAAGCGGCCCAACGAGAACAUGAGGACGAAAAAGAACAUUAGCAUGGAUGUCAUCGGUGACAAGGUCGGUCGCGUACAUCUGUCGAAGCAGGAUCUGGGUGGUCUGCAGACCCGUAAGAUGAAGGGAUUGAAACGACGGGCCGGCGUGGAAUCGGACGAGGAGGACGAGGGCGAUGUGGACAUGAUGGACGUGGAUGAGAUUUCGGAGGAUGAGGGCCGCAAAAGACCCAAGCGGGCAUGA